GAUACAUGUCCCAAGAAGAUGGAGUCCAAGUGGUCUCAUCAUGAGCUCACCGACUGAUGAUUGUUACUCAUCCUCAUAAAAUUGUGCACCUCCUUUUUGGUUUCAUCAACUAUCAUUACUAUUCACACCCAGAUUCAUAACAAAUUUCUCCAAAUACAACCCACACCAGAGAGCUCAGAAAUACAUAGCAGUGUGAGUCACACCCCAUAUUACUUUGCAGGGGCAGUAAGACACGUGGCGAUAGAAGCAUAACGCACAUCCUCCCAAAAAGUGAGAAAGCCGUUCUUACCGAACCCUCAAAUGUCUCAACCUUUUGGUUGUUCUUUCCCUUGUUCUCUUCUCACCCCUCUGAGCCUUGUAUAGAUGUGUAUACACACCGGAGCUCCAUUUCCUUCUCUCACAAGCUUAGAUUAGAGAACCCAUUUCAAUUUUGUCUGAAAAACAAAAACAAAAAAAAGAUUCACAAAACUAAAUUCAACACGAUGUGGAUGAUGGGUUUAGGGUGCAUCCAGGGCAUUUUGGAUUUGGUGGUGGCAGGUGUUUCUCUCAUGAUUGGUCUGAGCGUCUUCGCUUUCAUUGCCUCUGUUCUCUGCUCUGCUGCUUUCUUGUACAGCGCCAAGGGUGCGUCUUGAUCCAUUUCCCUCAAGCUGCAGGACUGACAUGCUUUGGCAAUAAGCUGUGGAUUCCACUCUAGCUCGAACUAGUUUUGAAGAUGGGUUUUGUUCAUGUACGUUGUAUCACUGUAUCCAUAAAAUUUCAUACAAUUAAUUUUCUUGGAUUCAAUAAAAUUCACCCUUUGUUAGA